AUGGUCUCACCCCAGUCGUCCCUGCGUCGGCGAGGGGGAGGUUCGGUCAGCAAACCCCCCGGUCACGCACGGGCCGAAUUCGAUGGGUUUGGGUCCUUCGUCGAUUCUUCCUCCGCUUUCCCUUCCAGCUUCGAUCCAGGGUUGUCAGAAACAUUCGAUAACGAAGCGACGUCCUCUUCAGUAGCUGUGUCGUCACCAACACAGGCAUGCUCCGACUCAACAUCACAGCCGCAACCACAGAACACGGAAAAUGAAGAUGCCGACGAAUGGACAGAAGCAGACAUGGUCUCAAACUUCUCGCCUGUCGAAACGCAUUUUCCGAAGCACCACCUUGAUCAACCAGCAUCAGCGUCGACGUCGUCAUUACACUCAACGCCUAUGUCAAACAGCAAACCAGUAGCUAAGCGCAAGAUCAGCGGCAGAGGAACAUCGUCAGAAUGGGCCGAUUGGAACACCUUUCUAGCAGCACAUACUCUUCCAAAUCAACAACAGACGCCGUCACAAGCUGCUGCUGCUGGAAUAUCGACAGAUUCCAAGCCUACAGCACCAAUUACUGUCAAUCCUGCCGAUGACGCCUUCUUUGACGCCUUCGAAGUGGCUACCAACCCGAAUCGAGCGCCUUCUCCGCCAAUCAUCGAUCUUCGUGGUGUCGAAAAGAAGCUUGAGGAGAAGAAGAAACAGCAUCAGCAGCAAAAGGGGACUCCAAGUCUGGCAGAUGAUGACUUCUUCUCUCGCUUCGAGCGAUCGCCUCAGACAGCGCUAGGGAGGGCAAGUCCGUUAGUGCUUGAGCCGGAUCAGUUGGAAAGCAUGCACGAUGCAAGCACAAGUCCACUAGCCACCUCCUCGUCGAACUCGUAUUUUGGGCUCUCGGCGCAACCCAAGCCAAUCAGCGGUGGCGGAGGUGGUGAGCAGAGGCGUAAUACAGGGUCAAGAUCGGGAGGAGCUUUCUCCCCAGCCUCACCAUCAAGUUGGACCGGCAGUCUGAGAAAGACAUGGACAACACUGCGUGGGAUCCAAAGCGAAAUCGUAAGCCAUCUGCCGAGUGCAAGCGACUUCAUCGUGCCGGCGGAAGAAGCCGAGGAGGCCAAAGCUCCUCCAGGGGUUGGUGCAGUUGACACCAAACCUGGUGGAGGUCUGCUGAUUGCUAGUGAUGCACUUUCCACCCAUCCCAACGGUGAUGACCAAGGUCGUCGAUCCUCAAGUACCGGUCGUAGGAACAACCAAACAUUCCCGCACGCCUCUGCCUACAGUCAGACCACUCCCUUUGGCUCUUCCUCCGCAUCAUCAUCAGGCUUCUCUUCGGGCGCAGCAGCACCUUCUCACAACCCUUCAGCACCUCUACGCGCACGAGAUCUGUUCGCUUCUUCCAGUACUGCUUCCCUCGGCUCCCACCCUCCUUCCAUCAGCUCGAGCGGGACUCUUCGUCGAGGACCAAUGCAUUCUUCCACAGCCCCCAUCUCCGGUGCACCUGGCUUCGACACCUCUUCAACCCGCCAAUGGAAUACUGGGCAUUGGACACUCGACGAUGAAAAGCAAAAGCGAUCUAUUCCAGUAACACUGUCUAAGCGUCGUGCCGAGACCGAAACAGUUAUUGAAGACUCUCAUGCUGCUCAAUUGCAAGCUCUCCUUCCGCCGAGAUUGCAGUUGGGGAAAAGGUGGAGUUUGCUAUAUUCGCUGGAUCAGCAUGGGAUUUCAUUGCAGACAUUGUACCAUCAGGUAAGUGCGGGGUUAGAUCCGAUGAAGAGGGUUGUUUCCGGCAGUACUCCGGGUGGUGGAGAGGAGAGUGGUGAGGCGGAGGGCUGGUUGAGAGGUGCAUCAAGAGAAACGCAGGAAGCAUUGGGUACGCGAUCGAACGGCAAGAUGCACGUCGGUGGAGGUCUAAGUAGCAUAAGCGAUGCUGGGUUGGUGAUCGCAAUCAAGGACGAGAAGGAUCACGUUUUUGGUGCAUUCGUGAAUGAAAAGCUGAGGCCUCAGCAGCAUUACUAUGGCUCGGGGGAAUGUUUCCUUUGGAAGACCACCUCCUCUACCAGUGAGAACGAGGAGGGUAGGGUGGAGAGAUACAAAUGGACGGGCAGGAACGAUUACAUGGUUCUUUCAGAGUCUACAUUUCUGAGUGUAGGAGGAGGCGAGGGCAAGUUCGGCUUAUGGCUAGAUGGUGCCCUGGAGAAGGGUGUUAGUAGCUGUUGUCCCGCUUUCGAUAACGAGGUCUUGUGCGAUGGGAAGAGGAGAGGCGAGGGGAGGAAGGAUGGAGAAGGGAGAUUCGAAUGUUUUGGUCUGGAAGUGUGGGCUGUUGGCAUCGACUAG